CUGAGUGGAAAUGGCGAUAACAGGUGAUAGAGUUGUGAAGCUGGUGGGAAGAGCCCUCCAAGCCAGAGGAUCUCCAGGGGAGAGGCCACUCACAGUCCUGAUUGGCGGCACCCAGGUAGACCUCCCUUUCCUCCUCGCCAAGGUGAAAGAUUUUGGUGGGUACACCAAGGCCAGUGGUGCCAGGAAGUGGGGCACUGUGGCCACCUCCAUGGGCUUACCCCCGCAUUGCGGCCCCAGCGUCAAGCUCGUCUAUCUCAAAUACCUCAAGAGCUUGGAGAGUGGCCACAUCUUCAAUGCAAAUGCCACCAAAAAUGUGGAGGCUCCUUCACUCGCAUCCACUGCUGCUCUUCCAGAGGCUCUCUCCUAUCUGAGAAGAUUGGCUCUAGAUCCAGGGAAUGCCACGCACAGCGCUCCAGAGAAUGGUGAGUUUCGAGCAACUGUGAAGGGGGUCUUGGGCGGCCUCCGGAGGAAAGAGGAAGAAGAACAACACCUCCAUCACCACCAUGUAGAGCGACCAGGACGGCGAGGAGUGAGUUCCAUAACUUCCAAGUACAGCCUUCGUUCCUACAGGCACGAAAAUGGCCAGCUCUUAUCGCUCCCGACGACCAAGAAAGUUUCUAUCCGCAUAGGACCCAACUUCCAAGCUCAAGUUCCUGCCGUUGUGACUGGGAGUGACGAGGAUUCGACGCUCUUUUCCGGUAGAGUAGUGUGGCCGCGAGGGAAGGAAGUCGGCACUGGUAGUAGUAGUAAUAGUAUUUGCGUGGAGGGAGGAUCAUGUGUGAAGCGGCGGAUCGAGGAGCAACGCAGGAAGCUGGAGCUGGAGCUUGGAGAGGAAGUUUUUCGGGAGUGGGGAUUCAACAAAAUGGGAGAGAGUUUGGUGGAGUCAGCCAAGUGGAGCAGGCAAGAGGAGGCCGAGUUUACUGCUAUUGUGAAGGAGUGCUGCCAAGGAGACAAGCUCUGGCCCGAGCUCCAAGCUUCUUUUGCUGGAAGGAGGAGUCGGGAAGAUUUGGUAGACUACUUCUUCAACGUCUUCGUGCUGAGAAAGAGAGCCGUCCAGAACAGGAGCCACGCAUUUGAUGCCGGUUCAUGGCCGUCCGGGGGUAUCUUGGAAGAGUUUGACAGCGAUGAGCUUCUGUCGGAAGAAGUGGCGAUCCAAAACUUUAGUUCUCUUGGCGAUGGAUUUGGAUCGGAGUCCACCCGGCCGGCACUAAUCCUCCAAGAGGCUAAACCGUGUGUGAAGCAAUGCCAAGUCCCUUACGCAGUUCCUCCAGCAUCUGGUGUUCCUGAAGCAAAGUCGUGUAUUAAGUGCUCCUGCUGAGUAAAAAUGAAGGCAUUUACAAAUUAGAAGUACUUUCUGCAAGAGUAUAUAUUAUUUGAAUAAAAGUUUGAGGAGUA